UAUUUAAAUUCGGAUGCACAUCGUAAUAUUCAAAGGGUAUUUUUCAUUAAAUAAAGUCUGUUUUCAAUAAAAGUGUCCUUGUUCGCCCGCUUUAAAAUUAAACACUAGGUGGUGACUCCGCUUUUAAUAAAUCCAUUUCUUUUGUCAUUUCAGUUUGAAAACCAUUUUGAAUAAACUUAAAUAACAACAAGAAACACAUGUAUGGAGGAGAAUGGUGAAAAUGAGAAGAGUAGUUGUCUCUGGAUGCUACCGGAGGGUUGUAUUGCAGAGAUAUUGGGCUUGACAAGCCCUCUUGACGUGUGUCGCCUUUCCUUAGUCUGUAAAUCUGUCCAAUUUGCUGCUGAGUCUGAUGCCGUUUGGAAAAAAUUUCUGCCAUCCGAUUAUCAGUCCAUCAUUGCCGGAUCACUCAGUCCAAUCCCAGAUUUCCGUUCUAAGAAGGAUCUUUAUGUUUAUCUCUGUCAUCAUUCCCUCUUAAUUGAUGGAGGUCGCAAGAGUUUCUCACUGGAUAAAUGGACUGGAAAGAAAUGCUACUUUUUAGGUGCGAGGGAUCUCAAUAUUGCAUGGGGUGAUACACCAGAACAUUGGACAUGGACUUGUCUACCCGAGUCCAGGUUUCCAGAGGUGGCUAAGCUCGAAUGGGUUUGUUGGCUUGAAAUUUGGGGCACAAUAAGAGCUGGGAGUCUGUCACCAUUUACAUCCUACGUAGCUUACCUUGUUUACAAGUUGGAAAACAAAUAUGGGUUUGAUUAUCGACCCUCAGAGGUUUCCGUUGGAAUUCCUGCCGUUGAAUCUGAAACCCGUUUUGCUUUUCUGGAUCCAAAUGUUGACACUGAGUGUGAAUAUGAAGAAGAAGAAGAGUCGUGUUUUACUCCCCCUUGUGAUCGGCAAUGCGAGGGGCCAUAUUGGCGUCAUGAUCCUAAUCUCACCUUUUCUGAUAUUCAACAUCCUAAACUUAGAGAUGAUGGCUGGUUUGAGAUAGAAUUGGGUGAGUUUUAUACUGAAAAUGAAGAUGAUUGCAUAGAAUUGCGUAUGCAUGAGGUGAAGGCGGGAAUUUCAAAGCAAGGGCUUAUAGUUGAAGGAAUUGAGAUAAGGCCUAGAAUUCGUUAAUCAUCACAAAUGUAGAAGAUAUAUAUUCUUGCCAUACACAUAUAUCUACUCUGAAUAAAACAUGUUGCGUUUGGAGAAUAUAUAUUACUCCAUUUUCAUGUAUGUUUUGUUGCAUGGUAACUGCAUUCUUGUUUUAAACCCAGUGUUGUGGCUGUAUUUGCACUCCUUUGUAUCAAGAGUGUCUGUUUGGGAUGAUACAUACAUAUGCUGUGGUAGUUUAUUCAUUUUUGA